AUGGGUUCGGGAGACGCCAAAUUUCCAAUCCGAUACAACGAUCCGGAAUAUCAACAAAAUCACCGCAACCUCUUUUCGCAUACUCUUCUAUGCCCCCUCGAGGAUGUCCUUCCACCUGGUGUCAAUCAGCAACAGUUUGAUUGUGCGGUUGCCGAGUUCGGAGAAGCGGUCGGGAAGGACAAUGUCUUCAAAGGACAGGCGCUGGAAGAGUAUGUAGAUCCCUAUGAAUUGUGGGAGGAUGAAGGCAAAAGGAAAAUGCCGAGUGCGGCGGUAUGUCCUUGUUCAAUCGAUGAGCUCCAGGCAGUCUUGAAAGUCGCCAACAAAUUUGGUAUUCCUGUUUGGACCUUCUCGCGAGGGAAGAAUUUGGGAUAUGGAGGACCAGCGCCAAGGCUUAAUGGGUCCGUCGCACUCGACCUGCAUCGCAUGAACAAGAUUAUUGAGGUCAACGACAAGUUCUCUUAUGCGGUGGUCGAGCCGGGAGUUACCUUUACAGACCUGUACCUCUACUGUGUCGAGCACAAGCUGGGAGUCUGGCCAAGUGUUCCUUCACUGGGAUGGGGAAGCGUGGUCGGGAACACCGUGGACCGCGGUACCGGUUUCACACCGACGGCAACACACCAUCAGCACAUCAGUGGAAUGGAGGUCAUGCUUGCUGACGGCGACCUUGUGCGGACGGGCCAGUUUGCGAUAUCCAACUCCCCAUCAGCACACCUCUCCAAGUUCAGUUUUGGUCCGUCUAUCGAAGGCUUGUUUCUGCAGAGCAAUCUGGGAAUCGUCACUAAGAUGGGGAUCUGGCUUCAUCCGCAACCACAAGCCUACAUGUCCUGCACGUUUGACAUGCCUAAUUUUGAAGACGUCGAAAUCAUUGUUGAUAUAUUCGGAUCAUUACGCAGAGAUGGCCUGUUACCUAACACAGUAUACGUCUCGAAUAUUGUGGAAUGGUUGGGUAUGACGGGAAAACGUGCUGAGUUGUGGCCAGAAGAAGGCCCUAUUCCAGACUGGCGCCUCCGGGAACUUCAAAAAGAACUAGGGUUCGGAUACUGGAACGUCAAAUUUGGCCUGUAUGGUGCAAAGGCGGUGGUCCAAUCCCACUUUGACGAAUUGAAGAGGAUAAUAGGACAAAAGGUGCCUGGCGCAGAGUACCGUCUUCAAGGUCACCUCUUCUCUGGGGGAGACGACAAGCUUCUAGAUGCAAACUCGAUCCCGGAUCCCCAUGGUGGCUUCUUCGUCGGAGUUCCCAGCCUGUGGAGCCUACCAAUGGUGAGAUACAGAUUGCCAAAAGAAAAGGCCGGCAUAGGUGCCCAUGCGGACUAUUCUCCCAUCAUUCCCUCUGAUGGCAAAAUGGUGCUUGAGUGGGUGAAAACGGCUCGCAAUAUCUGUGAAGGCCGAGGGUUCGACCUCUUCUGCGACUUUUUUAUGCAUGAACGACACCUCAUUUUUGUCAACAUGAUGGUCUUCGAUAAGGCAAACCCCAGCCAUCGGAAAACCGUGGAUGCAAUUUUCCGGGACCUGUACAGAGAAGGUCGACAAAGAGGUUUCAGCAAGUAUCGGUCCCACAUUAACUACAUGGAUCUGGUUGCGGACGCGUACGACUUCAACGAUCACGCAUACCGGAGAUUUGUGGAGAGACUGAAGGAUACGGUAGAUCCGAAUGGAAUCCUGUCACCCGGUAAGCAGGGCAUAUGGCCAGCGAAAUAUCGUCAUUUCAAAGAAAAGCUAUAG